AUGGGCGUGUUCCUGGCGGUGUUGUUGUCGUUCUUGUGGCUCGUUGUCGCGGCGAGAAGUACUGAGUACGACACCUUCGACGGAGUGAACCAAGGCGCAUCGCUCAUCGCGUGGUCGACGCUGAUGGUUGGAGCUAGCCUUGUGCUCGGCGCAGUUGCUAGGGCUAGUCGUGGAAACGCCUGGCGAGAGAAUGCUUCUUGGCGCCGCGAACGCGCUUGGCAAGCGUAUCCAGAGGUGGCUUACCACCUUUGCUCCAGCGUGGUGGAGCUGGUCUUCGCGUUGGCGGUCGCGUUUGUUGUGGCAGUGCUCAUCUUCACACUCUUCGGCUUCUGGUCGGUCGCUGAGAGCGGCAACUUCUCGCUGUACUGGCUGACGCUCAGUGUCUUCGCUCUUGGACAAGUGUACCUAGGCCAGUGGCUUGUGAGGCUGGUGUCAAGCGCGAGUUAUGCGGCUGUUGCUGGAGCUGCCAUCAAUUUGCUGCCGUUGUCGACCUUCGUGUGGUCCUGGAGGAGCAGUGCGCUGGGCAGCUUGGUCUCGUGGCUUAUGAUGCUGACUCCGCAGCAUUUUGCGCUUCAAGUGCUGCAGGCGCUUGUGUUCGGUGCUGUCCCUGACUCGUGCGCUUACGACAGUGUCGAAGGAGGCGCUAGUGGUGACGACAGAGAAAUCCCAUGCCGCGAGCUGCGUUUGAUUCCGUCAGAGGAGAACAACUUCAGCCAGCAGCAGCUCACGGUGCGCACUUACGCAGAGCUCGAAUACGGCGCUGAGCGAGGCAGUGUAGCGUUUCGCCUCGUCGAGCUCGGACUUUUCCUGUUGGCUUUCCGAUUCCUCGUGGUUGUGGCCCUGCAAAAGCGCCAAACCCGUGCCUAAUGUGCACGCCUUGCAUAUUGCAUACGAAAGUGAAGGAACACAGCUUAGAGUAGACAAACAGGUUUACCGCAAAAUCGAAGACGCAGUUUCGUUCAUU